AUGGAGAGUAGACGAGUGGUGUUGUUGGCAGCGGUACUGUUAGCGUUGAUGUGGAUGCCGGCGUCGGUAACGGCGGUGGUGGAAUGCACCACCGUGACGGCACUUAUAUCGGCGUGCUCCAACUUCGUCACCUAUGGCUCGCCGGACCCAAUGCCCGGCUCGCCGUGCUGCGACGCAAUGGUGACCCUCAAUAGCCUGGCUCACUCAGUCGAGGACCGCCGUUCGCUGUGCCGGUGCGUGAUGGGCCUCAUCACUAUAUACAACCCCAAUGCCACUUCCAUUGCCACCUUGCCCGGCUUCUGCGGUGUCUCUCUAGGCUUCACCAUUGAGCCCAACACUGACUGCAACUAG